AUGUCUAUGUCCUCCGCUGAACCGAGAACCGGGACGAGAUCCAAGAACGGCUGCUUGACGUGCCGUGCUAGACAUGUCAAAUGCGAUGAGCGACACCCUGAUUGCUUGAAGUGUGUCAAGCAAAAGGCCGGGUGUGAAUGGCCUCCUCCUCCGGAACUACAGACCCACCAGCCAGGGCAAGACAUCCCGCAAGCUGAAAGUCGGUCUCUUAGACGUUUAGCUCCCGCCGUCAACGACACACAUGACCAACUCAUUCAGGCUCAAGCAUCCACUUGGACGCCGGACGUUGACUUGUCGAUGAGCGACCUGCCCAUAAUCCCAGGCUUCAGCUUUCUCACGGGCCUAGGCUGCUCGGACUUCAUGCCAUGGUUUCCUGUCCCGUAUCCCGAACCAACAUUGGAUAUGCACAUCAGCUCCGAUGCCCUUCUCGCCCCUCUGCCUUUGGGCGUAUCCCCGUCCCAAGCGGAGCGCGAGGCUUUGGCAUGGUACCGUAGCAGCGCGACGUUUGGGUUUGGGAGCGCGAAGAAUCCCAACUGGUCUACUCAUGCUAUUGUGUGGGAGACGGCCCGCGAAAGCAAAGCUAUCUUGCAUCUCCUCCUGGCAGCAACACAGAACGAAAUGGCGUGGCGAGCAGGAUCCCAAGGCGCCCUGUUUGCCCGCGCCGAUGAAAACUAUCGUCUCGGGCAUCAGCAGCUGGAGGCAGAGAUCCGAAGUCGCGAAAUCGACCCCCUGAAUGCCAUGUCCUGUUUUUGGUUCCUUUACCUGCAUCAGAAGCGUCGCCAUGCUGCAGGAAACCGCAUGCUGAUGAGUGAGCUCAGCAAGAUGAUGGAGGAGUACUUGACGGCUUUCAACCUCCACCAAAUGUUGACUUCUGCAGAUGCGGAGAAUCCGGCCUGGCCGGAGUCGAAAAAGGCACUGUUGGCUCGUCUUAUGGUUUGGCUUUUUUGGAUUGAUGCACAAGCAGCCACACAAGGAGAAGGUGGGAGGAUUGCCAGGCUUCUAACUUCGUCAGCUUCUCGGCAAGCUUUGGUAAAUCUGUACAAGAUUUCAAGAACCACUCUGGAAUCGUUCUGGGCCGAGAGGUAUCCCGAUGACGAGGUUGUGGACGACAUGAAGAACUCCAGCGCUCUUGACAUGAUCCACGACACCUGGGUCCUCGUGCAGGAGGUCAAUAACGCUGCCGAUGAACAGCUGCCCCUGGAUACAAAGGCCAGCGACGAAAUCCUGAGCAAGAUACAGGCCUUGCAGUGUGAGCCAGGUCCUCUUCGCGUUCUACGCCUAACCGCUUCAAAUGCUGCGCUCCGAGAUCGUGUGAUGUUGAACGCAGAUUGGGCUGGAGUGAACUUUUAUACACUCCGUAUCUACCACUUCCGAUGCAGUUUGACUGAGGAACAUCUGGCCUUUUCUCCACCCCAGCCCCAGACUGUCAAGAUUGCCGACGUCGUUGAUUCUUUGUUGCUCCUCAUCCAGAAAAGCUUGGCCACCGGCAGAGAAGACCAGCCAGAUCGCAUGCAAUGGCCGCUGUUCUGGGCGGGGAUCGAGACGAUAGAUCCGUUCAAGCGAAUCUGGGCGUUGGGGGAACUCAAAGAUGAAGGUCUUGUUCAAGCAAUGCGUUGUGUGUUGCUGCUUCAAGAGGGUGGGUCAAGGGUUGGAAUGGCCAAGAUUCGUGACAUCUUUCAAGCCUCGUGUCUCGGCGUACCAGUUGCUGGUUUCGGCGGCAUGUGGGGGAUGCGGAGGUGA